GAAGAUUCAUUCAGAGCUCACAAAAGCAUUUUGAAUAAAACCUUAUGCUUCAGAGAUUUAGAAAAACAUCUCCCAGGAGAAAUAGAACAUCUACUUUAUACUAAAUACGUCUUGAGCUUUUGUCAGGAAAAAAAAAAAAAAAAAGAGUCUGAAGCAGAACCAAACUGACAAAGAAAAUUUUAUAGCAAGGACAUUGUAAAACUACUGCAGUUUUUCAAAAUGUUAAGGAAGGUAACUACUCUACUUUACUGGCAUUUUAUUUUGGUAGCUGUUACAAGUAUUACUUCAGUUAAACUACAGAAACCGCCUAAGAAAACUGGAAGCAUAAACAUCAAGAAACAGAACAGUUGCUGUGAUGACUUCAAGGAGCUGAAGGUACAGGUUGCAAAUCUAACCAGCAUCCUGGCAGAACUGAGCAGGAAACAGGAAAUAGACUCAGAGAAACUAGAGGUGCAACUGCGGGAGAUUGAACGGAACUACCGGAAAGCUGAAAGCCGCAUUAUUGAAGCAGAGAACCGCUACUCAGAAAUGAACAGCAAGAUUGACAUUAUGCAGCUCCAGGCAGCCCAGACUCUCACUCAGACCUCUACAGAUGCUGUGUAUGACUGCGCCGCCCUCUACCACAGAAACUACAGAAUUUCUGGUGUAUAUAAACUUCCAGCAGAUGAAUUUCUUGGAACUCCAGAGAUACAGGUGUUCUGUGAUAUGGAAACAAAUGACGGUGGAUGGACAGUUAUUCAACGACGCAAAGUAGGCCUGACCUCAUUUCAUCGAGACUGGAAACAGUAUAAGCAAGGAUUUGGAACUCUUUCAGGAGAUUUCUGGCUUGGAAAUGAGCACAUUUUCCGAAUGACUAGGCAACCUUCAGUACUUCGUAUAGAUAUAGAGGACUGGGAAGGAAACGCACGCUACGCUGAAUAUAAAUAUUUUACGAUUUCUAAUGAACUGAACAGUUACAAAAUGCUCUUGGAUGGCUACAGUGGAAACGCAGGCCGUGAUUCUAUGAGGUACCACAACAACACAGCAUUUAGCACUAAAGACAGAGACAAUGACAAAUGUGUUGACGAUUGUGCUGGACUUAGAAAAGGUGGUUACUGGUAUAACUGCUGCACGGACUCUAACUUAAAUGGAAUAUUUUAUCGCUAUGGUGAGCAUAAUAGACAUAAUGAUGGUAUUACCUGGUAUGGCUGGAUGGGAUCUACCUAUUCCCUCAGAAGAGUUGAGAUGAAGAUUCGCCCAGCAAACUUCAUGCCAUAAGAAAUCCUACAUUUCCUGACAAAGAUAAACUACCAACAGAAAACGGAAUGCUACAGCCACACAGGAGCAAAAAACAGUCAGUUCUAGAUUAACACGUGCUAACUUGGUGAAAAACUCUAAACUGAAAUAUAUCUGGAAAGCUUAAUGGAUUAUGUUUACACCUUUGUAAUUAUCAUUUUAACUUGUGUUUUCCUGUACACAGCUGACAAGAUUCUAACUUCUUACACAAUUUUACAUGGCCCUAUUCCUGGAAAAAUACAUUAAGUUGUUUUGUAAAUGCCAAUCCAGUUUAAGCAGCACAUUGUUAAACAAGAACUUUUCUCAUCAUGUCAGUAUACAGACUAAAUACAUUUCCUAGAUGUAUGUCAUAUGUCUGUAUAACAAAAAGAAUGAAAACAGUUCAUCAAAACUGCCUAAAGAGCAUACUCCUCUCAGUAAUUCACAGGCAUAUACUGCACACAUCUGAAGUAAAUUACUUCCCAGUCCAGUACAUCCUUGGGCCCCAUGGAUAUCUACUUAGUGUCCACAAUUACCUACCAUCAAUGUCAUAUGGUAAAGUGAUCUUGAAACCCAUUUAACUGUAUGUAUGUGCAAGUACGUCAACCAUGUAAAAGCACAUAACUCCCUCAAAAAUACAUAUACUAAGAAAAUAACCAAGGUUCAAAAAUAUAACCUAAUGGAGCCUCUCUGAAUAGUCACAAACCACAACUCAGUACCUGCUCAAAACAUGAAUUAAAAGUCAAGCUACCUGCCUUUGUUAAUGAUAUGUACAAUCCAAUGAUUCCCAAAGCUUUUUAAAGAUUAGCGCCAAAAUGAUGAAAAAUAUUUGUUUUAGAAACAGUGACACAGUGAAGAUAAAAUCAUUUAUGCUGUAAGGCACAUAUAUACUGCUGCUCUUUACUCUUAUUCCUGAAAUAUUUAUAGUAAAGAAAUACAGCUAAACAAUUUAAACCACACUUCUUUCUUACGUAAUGCUGCAAGACAUUGUUAUAGUAAAUAAACAAUAUUCUACAAGAAAACAGUAGUAAAUAUUGAUCUUGUAGUAAAUACUGUAAUAAACUAAACCAAUGGGAACAUAAAUUGAAAUAAGCUACAAGUAGUUGCAUCCUAUAUUUUUUGUAUAAAAUAAAAUGUUGUAAUACAUGUAGCAUAUAAAGUGUUACUUGAAGUUGUAAUGAUUCUUUUUUUAUUUAAUUUUAGCAUGUCAUUUGUAAAACAAGAAAUUGUUUAAUAUUACGAUGUUCAGCUGCUUUUGUAAUAACCCGAAUCUGAAAUGAAACCACUACUAUUACCAAUAAGAAAUCUUUCUUUUAUUUGUUCAAAUUGCACCAAACUACUUUACAUAAAUUAAAUUUCUAAUAAUGAAAACUGUAAA